AUGACUACAUUGCCCUCUUCUUCGACGUCACCUGAACAGACAAAAUAUAACUUAUCAGUUCGACGUUCAAGUACACCGUUGAUACCAUCGAUACACGAAACUGUUUUUAAACGUUCUGAGUCUGUUGCUACUAAUGAAAAUGACAUUGAAAAACAUUGGUCAAUGAAAGAGAGUGAACAAAGUGCAAUUGUAAAGAAAAAAGUUGAUGAUAACAACAGUGUCAAAGUUAGUCAACUUAUUGCUCAUUAUACUACGACGUCUGCUAAUGUACUAAAACAUAAUAUGAAUAAUAAUAUAUUUCAUACGGUAAAAUAG